AUGGACGAAGACAUACACUAUCAUCAUGUCGUCACCUCAGCACCUCGGCGACCUUCUCAGCAUCUAACCUAUGAUCCUCAGACGGGCGACCUUCAACCACCGCCGCUGCAGAUGGAGGAUUCAAAUGUUGUCGAAGAAGGGCCCGAGGUGCUGCCAAAGUACUGGUGCUCAGUCUACUGUGAGGGCGUUUUUACUAAGAAGAUGGAGAUCGAAAACACCACCAAGAGGGCUGAGGACCGUCGCUGGCACUCUGUCUACGCCGUUCUCCAGGGCACCGCCCUCAACAUCUACGAGAUUAAGAAGGAUUGGGGAUUGGGAAGAGGUAAAGGAGGCCCCACGAUAUCACCGGAUAAUCCACCAUGGGUCCGGAGGGGUAAGCUGGAGAGGAGCUACAGCCUGCAGUACGCGGAUGUUGGAAUUGCCCUCGACUACCAAAAGAGACGUCACGUUAUCCGAGUGCGGGCUGAAGCGGAUCAGUUUCUGUUGUCCUGCGUCGAGCUGAGUACAUUUCUGAAGUGGCUGGAGUCGCUAUUUGCCGCCAUCGAUGUCGCUGCGCCCCUAGAUGAACGAGAUUUCCCCGAGACCAGAGCAUUCCCCCGCCGCCGAUGCUGCCGAUCGUCCUUUCUCGGCCUCCCGGAAGAUGAGGUGGAUGAGGAGGUUGGCGAAGAGGCGGAUGAGCUAAAUGAUGGUGAUGCGUUUGAUAUUGACCAGGGGAAGCUACUUUUGAAGAGGGCCGAGGACAGUCGGCACGACCAUCGGCUCUCCAUCACGUCGUAUCCCAAUGAGGCCAUCGACGACCUCUCCGGAAAAUGGGCACCGGCUCAUUACUGGGGCCCGCAGCAUGACAUGCGCUACGCCAAGCUAUGCUAUUCGGUGCUGUUAUUCCGCAGCCCUCGAAAGUCCAACUACAUCGUCAGCAAGGGAAAGAAGUGGUUCGUGGACUGGAUGACGGGGCGCAUGGUCCGGGUCUUGCCUCCAGAAUACGGGGAGAUCGACUUGUACGAUGCCUGGCACAUAGUGCACGCCGGAAACCAGCGUCUAUAG